ACAAUCUGAAGCAGCCUGCCAACGGACUGAUGUCCCUACCACGAUGCAACAAUCUGAAGCAGCCUGCCAACAGACUGAUGUCCUUACCAUGAUGCAACAGGAGGCUCAGGUACCCGACCCCUCAGCUGCAACAGAUUUGUCACAAAGAACUGGAGCCAUCGGAAACAGUGGCACAAUCAGCGGUAGCCACAACCCUAUCAUUGUUAAUUCAAGUGGAGUUAAUAUCAAUUACAACUUUCCAUUGGAGGGACCAGGAGUGCCAGCACCCAGACCCCAGCACAGUCAGAGGCCAGACCAAGAACCAAGGUUGAUGGAUCCCUGCCAAGAAGCUGGUAACAAGACUAGGGACAAUUUAAAGAUACUUUAUAAAACAACAGGCAGUUACGUACAGUUGUCACCUAAGGUUGAUGAUGACCAAAGGCACAUAGCUGGUAUAUACACUAAAGUACAGUUAGAAACACGGGAAGGGGUAGCAGAUGUCACUGGUAAGAAAGGGGAAACUGUAAACUCAACAGAAUAUGCCAAAAUAUUCAGAUUAAGGACAAGAACUGGGGAACUCAUUAAACGCCUCAUUUUCUUUGGCAUGGGAGGUGUCGGGAAGUCAACCAUUUUUGACAAGAUUGCAUACGACUGGGCCGAUGAGGCAAACGAAAUUCUGAAUGGAUUCAAGCUUGUCUUUCUUUUAGAGAUGUGUGCCCUGUCGCAAAAAUCCAACCUUGUUGAUUCAGCUUUCGAUCAACUUCUAGAUGAAGAUUCAGGAAUAGCAAAAGAUAAACUUGAUCAAUUCAUCCUGGCCAACCCAAAUGAGGUCUUGAUUCUUUUGGAUGGUUUUGAUGAAAUGAAGACUAAAACACUCGAUGCUGACUCAUUCGGUUCUAUCCUAAAAGCACUCAAUAGAACAAAAUACCGGGAAUGUUUCAUCUGCGUAUCCACACGCCCCUCUCAUCUUGAGACACUGAUGUCAAAAACACUUGUAGAAAAUCCUUGCACACAUGUAAAGGUUCUGGGGUUUGCUGACGAGGAUGUUAAUGAAUACGUUCAGAAAUUCUAUGACGAAGAUCCUGAUGAUAGUGGCAGUGCGCUAAUCCAAACCAUUCGCAAGUCCAACAUACUAAGUGAGUUCUCUACGAAUCCGAUGCUGCUACUUCUCAUGUGCUUGUUGUGGAGGGAGAGUAAACAACUCCCAGAAACAACUUCACGUCUUUUCACUGAGGCAGUUGAGCACAUGUUCACAAGUAAAACGCAUAUCAAAGAUGCAUCGGAAACAGUGAUUGCCAUAGGAAAAACUGCGCUGAAUGGACUCAUGAAUGCCAACAAGAGAUUUUCAUUUCAAGAAAAUGAGUUUGAACCGAUUGCGCUGGACCUGGCACUGAAAGCGGGCAUCCUAACCAAAGCCAGAGUUAUCAAAAACCGCAAAUCCCACAACAACAUACAAUUCAUGCACAAAACUAUGCAGGAAUACUGUGCAGCGAAAUACUUGCAGAGUUUGACAAUCCCAACCCUCAGAUUUCUUACGCGUUGGAAGAAGAAAAUAACAUUUCAGAACAAGUUGAGGCAAAUGUGUUCAAAACUUAAGGACGUUGUUUCAAAUGAUUUUCUCUUUCGUUUUUGUUGUGGUGAUAAUGAAAGGUGCAUGACCCAUAUCGUGAACUUACUUGACAGUAAGUUCAAUAAGGAUGAGCCCAGGUACCAAUCAGAAGUAGUACAAGUGAUUAGUCGAAACUGCUUUUUUGAAAGCCAAUCAAAAAAUCCCCCACAGUGUCUCACCAGAGACUCGCAGAUCCCUUCAACUAUCAAGGUGGACAACAAUAAUGAUUUCCGCAGUCUCAUAUACCUUCUUGAAAUCAUCAGUAGUUCUGAGAGCCGCACGGCACAACUGGCACGCGUUGAAACUAUUGAGGUUUCUCGCGUGUCUUCGGUCAGUGAUUUAGCCGUCGCCCUGGGUUACAUGGAAAACCUCAGGAAUCUGAGGCUCUACAGUUGUCCUUUAGUGACGGGUGAUCUUGAGAAAACCCUAAUGUCACUGAAAUGCCACAAACUCUUGACCAAUUUGUGCAUAAAGUGGGACAGUACAUUGGGGGGUAGAGCUAUAGAAUGGGCCCCUCAUAUCAAACACUUGACAAGCCUCAACAAACUUGAAAUAAGUUACUGCAAACUUAAGAUUACAGACAUUGAGCACAUUGCGUUGUCUGUAAGUGACAUGCCCACACUUACUAACUUGAGCCUUGCCGGCAACACAGAGUUGGGCAGAUCGGCUGGACGGUGGGCCAAGAAUGUGUCGCAGUUUACGUACAUACAGACAUUGAACCUGAGCAAUUGUACAUUACAAUGGACAGACAUCGAACACAUUGCCUCGGCUGUAAGUGACAUGCCCAGCCUGACUGUCUUGAUCCUCACUGACAACACAGAGUUGGGCAGAUCGGCUGGACGGUGGGCCAAGAAUGUGUCGCAGUUUACGUACAUACAGACAUUGAACCUGAGCAAUUGUACAUUAGAAUGGACAGACAUUGAACACAUUGCCUGGGCUGCAGGUGACAUGCCCAGACUGACUGACUUGAUCCUCACUGACAACCCGGCACUUGGCGCAUCAACUGAGGAGUGGUCCCGUUACUUGUUCAGAGUGAAGCAAAAACACACGCUGGACCUGAGCAAUUCCUCACUUACAUGGAAAGAUAUCGAUACGAUUUCCAUUGUGUUAGACCACAUUCCCGCACUGACUAUCUUGAACCUUACCAGUAACACAGCGUUGGGUGGAUCGGCUGAGAUGUGGGCCAAGAACUCGUUGCAGUAUACAAACAUACAGACGUUGAACCUGAGCAAUUGUACAUUGCAAUGGACAGACAUUGAACACAUCGCCUCGGUUAUAAGUGGCAUACCCACACUGACUAAUUUGAGCCUUGCCGGCAACACAUCCUUGAGUGAGUCAUCUGACUAUUGGACCAAGAAUUUGUUGCGAUUUACGAAUAUACAGACGUUGAGCCUGAGUCAUUGUACAUUGCAAUGGAGAGACAUUGAAAACAUUGCCUUGGCUGUAAGUGACAUGCCCAGACUGACUAACUUGAUCCUCACUGACAACCCGGCACUUGGCGCAUCAACUGAGAAGUGGUCCCGUUACUUGUUUAGAGUGAAGGAAAAACACACGCUGGACCUGAGCAAUUCCUCACUAACGUGGAAAGAUGUUGAUACAAUUUCCGUUGUGGUGAACCACAUUCCCGCGCUGACUAAAUUGAGCCUUGCCGGCAACACAGCGUUGGGCGGAUUGGCCGAGAAGUGGGUCAAGAAAUUGCCGGAAAUGACACAAUUAGACCUAAGCAGUUGCAAUUUGACACCGACAGACAUUAAACACAUUGCCUCGGCUGUAUAUUACAAGCCCAGUCUGACUGACAUAAUCCUUGGUGGCAACAGAGCGUUGGGUGGAUCAAUUAAGUUGUGUGCCAAUGCAUUGCCGAAAAUGUUGCAAAUAAAUAGGCUGGACCUGAGCUUUUGCGAUUUGACACCGACAGACAUUGAACACAUUGCCUCGGCUGUAGGUAACAUGCCCAGUCUGACUGACAUGAUCCUUGCUGGCAACCAAGCACUGGGCAGAUCGGCUGAGAAGUGGGCCAAGGAAUUGCCGAAAAUGUGGCAAUUAUAUAGGCUGAGCCUGAGCUUUUGCGAUUUGACACCGACAGACAUUGAACACAUUGCCUCGGCUGUAGGUAACAUGCCCGAACUGACUGACAUGAUCCUUGCUGGCAACCAAGCACUGGGCAGAUCGGCUGAGAAGUGGGCCAAGGAAUUGCCGAAAAUGUUGCGAUUAAAUAGGCUGGACCUGAGCUUUUGCGAUUUGACACCGACAGACAUUGAACACAUUUCCUCGGCUGUAGGUAACAUGCCCGAACUGACUGCCUUGAACCUUGCUGGCAACCAAGCACUGGGCAGAUCGGCUAAGAAGUGGGCCAAGGAAUUGCCGAAAAUGUUGCGAUUAAAUAGGCUUGACCUGAGCUUUUGCGAUUUGACAACGACAGACAUUAAACACAUUGCCUCGGCUGUAGGCAACAUGCCCGAACUGGCUGGCAUGAUCCUUGGUGGCAACAAAGCAUUGAGCAAAUCAGCUGAGUUGUGUGCCAAGGAAUUGCUCAAGAUGAGGCACUUAAAGAUGCUGGACCUGAGCAAUUGCAACUUCAAACCGUCAGACUGUAGACCUCUUGCCGUGUUUAUGCCGGACAUGCCCUUUCUGACCUUGCACAUUGGUGACAACCAGGAACUAUUUGAUAAGUUAAAGUCCUACUUGCCACCGUCCAAUAGCUACUUUGUGUACUAA